AUGAAGGAGGCACUCGCGCUCGCGGGCGGCGGAAGGCGGCUGUCCGCGCGGGAGGAGGAGAUGCUGGCCCUCCUCGCGGGCUUCCCCGACGGAGGCGGCAGCGGCUCCGACCGCGAGCUCUCCUUCUCCGACCUCGUGGAGGCCGGCGCCAGGCCGCCGAGCGCGGACGCGGACGCGGACCUCGGCGCCCCGGCGGCGCCGCGGGACGAUCGCCCGACCGCGGCCGCGGCGGCAGCUGCGGCGUCGAAGCAGCAGCGGCAGCAGGCGGCGCGGCUGAGGGCGCGGCGGAGCGGCGGCAGUCGGGGGAGCUGCGGCGGAGGCGGCGACGGCGUUCUGCUCAACUUCUACGUGCCGGGGCUUCUCACCAGGAGCAUGACCACGCCAAGGCCCAGCCGCGGGCCGCCGUCGCCCGGGACCGUUCAGGGCGCGCCGGCGAAGCCUGUUCGUACCACCACCGCCGCCGGAAAAGCCAGCAGGACACAGACGGCUCUGGGCAUCGGUUGCUGGCCGGCGCUGUGGGGACGCGGCCGCCGGACGGCCAAGGCCUGCAGCUGA